AUGUGCCAAGAUCCGAGCAUGCCCAUUACAUUCUUAAACGAAAAUGUUUAGAAAAUGGCUUCAGCUAAUCCAGAUAUUUUAUAUAAAUUUGUGUCUAUGAGAACGAAAUGAACACGCUGUUUUGAAGAGGAUAAGCCUGAUAUAGCAAAGACUGUUAGACACUUCUUUGGCCGACAGUUUUACAGAAAGCACAAGCAUUCUACCUAUGUGAUCGGCGAACUGCCCGAUGGAAUAUUCUUGUUCGUAAAACCUACCAUGUACCAAAACCUUAAGAAGAAAAUUUAAGAGCAAAUUGAAGAGACGUUGCCUGACGUUCGGCCGACAACUGGUGCCACUGUUAUAGAGGAAGAAAAAUGGUUUUCAGAUGAGCAGUCUUUUACUGAGUUUCUCGAUGCUAAAAGAGAAGAACUUUAUAAAAGUGUUGAAAGGUAAAGUAAUAUUGCAACUAUUGAAGACUUAUAGCAGGCCAUAUGACGUCGGCGACGAUCGCACAAACAUAAGCAAAACCAUAUAACUGGAUUUGAAAACAAAACCAUGCCACGUUCGUUAUCGACCGCAAGUUUUCAGUUUUCUAAACGGUUUGUUGAUCAUAGAAAUGACGUCAAAAAUCAGGUUGUGAAAACCCACGGCAAAGUUAUGAGCAUUUGUUAUGUUGUGUAAUUUCUAUUAUCGUUAAAAGAGUAGACAAAGAAAAAUACAGUCGAUUCGUCUGGUACUUUUUUUCCUAUAACAAUACUGGAGUUUCUCGGAAACUGGGUCUCGGAAGCUGCUCCCCGUCGAGUUUCUCGGAAAACUAAUUUUCCUCUCGUGUGACAUUAAAAAAUGGCGCCUUCAUUGAACUAUUUUUGAACAGAUUGUCAUGAUACUCAGUUCAGAGUUUUUUUUAGCCAUUGUAUUUGUUACAGCCGGCAAAUACUGGCGCGUCCGCUUAUAAUGCAGAAAUUAUGGCUUUUUUAAUCAUGAAAUUUAUACAUGGCUGGGAAGCUGUGGGGAAUAAAUUAAACAAGAGAAAUGAAUUAUUGAUAACUGAAUCUCAAUGUGAUUUCUUUUGUUUUAUUCCUUCAACCUGGGUCAAAAAUUCGAAACUGGCCAAUACAAAAAUGACCUCUUCAGCUUAUCUACUUUGUUUUGCCAAUGCAGGUCUCAAAAGAAUGAGUUUGUUUGUUUUUCAGAGCCAAACACAAGCCUCAUCCAUUUUUGACUAGCCUGAAUUUCAGACAUCCCUUCGAGUCAUAUACCCUUCUCAGCAACGUAAACCGAAAACCGGGUAGUGAUUUUGAUUGGUUGAUUGCUGAAUGGAGUAUUCCACUUGAGGAAAGGUCUGAAAAUUAGGCUACAUUUUUGAGUUUCAUGGUCACAGAAAAGCAAUGAAUAGUUUGAAGAAAUAAUUUGUUAAGCGCUCAGGCGUGACUGCGUGACGAAGGAAAAGAAAGUUGUCUUUUUCACAGCCAUAAACUGCGCCUGUUUGCCUUUUUAUAUAGGUCCUUUCAGAGACCGCAAUGACAAAUUUCCCUACCCUUUCAAAUUUUUCAACUAAUGAAAUCCGUACCCUCUUAUACUGACCCGAAUCCCGAAAAAGAUAGCCCUUUCGGGCGGAGCCUCCCAGUUUAGGUCAUUAUAGGGAGUACCCUAUUCCAUGGGCGUCGAACCCAAUAAUGCGCGGAAUACAUCGAGUAUUUUGACUGUUAUAUUUUGCCUUUAGGGCUUUACAGUACCAAGUAAAUUAAAAUCAACUUAACAUUUUAUUAUUCUUCUCAGGAGACAGCAGGAAGCAAAUACAAGCUUAAGACGACUACGCAAGACCUUGAAAGCCAGUCCAGGAGCGAAGAUUCUGGCAUUUAUAACCUGGUGGUUUUUGAAGGUGACCACAAUGUCGUCCUUGAGAUUGGCUACACUAGGACAACUUUACGAGACAAGCCAUAUCAAAAGCGAACGUUUCACUACAUUAUCAAAGAAAACCUCAGGUAUAUGUGCGAGUUUUAAACCGAAAAAUGCAUUUAAUUAUUUACAUCACAAAAGGCGACACUUCAGCAGUUAAAUUAAAUGUUAUUCAUCACAACUUCCCUCUUGACUGGUUGUAGAGACUAAUUUGCACUUCCGGUUAUUUGAAUCCUAGCUGGAAGGCGUCAACAAGCAGCUUGAGUAAGAUUAAACGUUCAACGUAGUAUCCGACGAAAUCAUUAUCAUCAUCAUCAUCAUCAUCAUCAUUAUUAUAUUUUGUAUUUUAAAGUUACUUAGGCAAAAGAGUUGAGACCCUUACUGUUAAUGACCACUAAUUUUUGGUAGUGUGGGAAUUUCUCUUGUUAGACCAAGUGAAUAGCGUGUUUAACGUGAACAGCGUGUUUGCUUUUCCUAGGUUUCUUUUACUUUAAGGGCAGAUAGAGGAAAGGGAACUAAAAUUUUGGGGAAUGAUCAUCAUCAUCAUCAUCAUCAUCAUCAUCAUCAUUAUUAUUAUUAUUAUUAUUAUUAUUAUUAUUAUUAUUAUUAUUGUUAUAUUUUUGUAUUUUAAAGUCACUUAGGCAAAAGAGUUGAGACCCUUACUGUUAAUUACCACUGAUUUGUUUACGGUGAAUGUUUCCGUAAAAAUAUAGUGAUCAGUGUGAAGCUGAAGAACUCUGCAGUACUCCUGCAAAUACCACCGCCUAUUUUUAAAUAGGCGGUGAGAUUCAUUAACUUGAAUGUCUUUUUCUCUGACAGGUACGAAAACAAGGAUAGGAAUCGCUUCGAGUUUGGCACCUCUGAGCGCAUGUCUCUCAAGGAAGCCGCUGCAAAAGUCCAGGAACAGAUCGCGGCUGUUAAUAUCUUAGUCGCUCAUGGCGGAGCACAGUAUGCAAAGUUACUUAACGGCUGUGGGAUUUCUGUGACAGGGAAGAUUAUGUUUGACACACAACUUCUAGCCAUGGUUUUAUUACAAGAUCGACGACUGGACCUCAAUAAUCUAAAGAAACUGCUAGUAGAGUUGGAAAUCCCAUUUAAUGAAAAUGUUCGCCUUUACAAUAGCGGAAAUUAUGCCUUCUUAAACACGGCUGUAUUUCUGAAACUGAAAAACAUCGCAACCUCGCGAAAGUAGCUCACUCAAUUGUAUCUUCAAAUCGAUUCUGAAUAAUUCCAUGAGUAAAGGAAACCUUCUGUUUUCGUAUUUUAGGUGGAUUUGAAUUCCUUCUAUAUUCUUUAAACUUUUUAUGGGUCUUUCAGAGAGUUGCAUUACUGUUAUCAAGAGUGAGAUAUAAGUUUUCAUGCGUUAUUGUUGCUAUGGUAACCUGCUACGCUAAGAAAAGUACAGAAUUUUCCCACCAAUGAUUGGAAUUUAGUUUACGGCAUCCCAGAAACUGAACAAAAUACGUCAAAGCUCUAGUAUUACCUGUCACCCAAAAACUGGUUAAAAAUACUAUUGAGAGCCGUUAAGGAUCAUGUUCACCCUAUCAACUUUGAGCGCCUCGUUGGCCUUCAAACAAGACUGAACUGCUGUUGAGACGUAAAGACAUUUUGCAGUGGUACUCACUGUUUUCCAGAUCUAUCCUAUCCCUUCUUCU